CAAAGACACAGGAGAACCACGUCCUUCUCUCCCCCUUCCCUAUCCAAUCCGCUCUUCUCUUCCCCACUGGUUUUCCUGUGAAGUGAGAAGCUCUGCUGCUCUCCCACUCUCGAAGCGUGAAAAUCCGAGCCGGUAAAACGCACAAGGCGUGAGCGAGAGAGAGAGAGAGAGAAAAACCUCAUCACCAGCAGAAUCACGGCAAUGUCGUGAAAGCUGAGGAACGCCGUUACGGAUUCCUCUUUUCUUUUUCUUUUUCUUUUUUUUUUAUUCCUCGAGGGAACGAGAGAGAGCGUAGGGAAGAAGCAGGUCGAGAAUGGAGUGUAUCGGGGCGCGGAACAUGGCGAUCACGGCGGUGUUCUCUUUCCCCACGGCAACGUCGAGCCGGAGAUUGCAGCUGAGUUAUCGCCCUCCGCCUCUUCAUUUUCCUCCCGCCGCCGCCGCCGCGGAUGAGAAGCGGAAGAAAAUGUGCUGCAAGGAGCUGAGAAUUGCGAGCGGCGGCGCAGGGAGCGAUAGUUGUGUGGCAGUUAUUGAUGAUUUCGCCGACGAGGAGGAUUUCGUCAAGGCCGGCGGCUCCGAGCUGUAUUUCGUCCAAAUGCAGCGGAAGAAAGACAUGGAUAAACAGUCCAAACUUGCUGAUAAGUUACCGCCUAUAGCAACCAGAGGCGAAGUACUGGAUUUGGUGGUGAUUGGUUGUGGUCCAGCUGGGCUGGCACUAGCGGCAGAAUCGGCCAAGUUGGGAUUGAAUGUCGGGCUAAUUGGACCUGAUCUUCCUUUUACUAACAAUUACGGCGUUUGGGAGGAUGAAUUUAAAGAUCUUGGUCUUGCUGGGUGCAUUGAGCACGUCUGGAGGGACACUAUUGUAUAUCUUGAUGAUGGAGAUCCCAUUAUGGUUGGCCGCGCCUAUGGACGAGUUAAUAGAGACUUGCUUCAUGAAGAAUUGUUAAGAAGGUGUGUCGAGUCAGGUGUUUCAUAUCUUAACUCAAAAGUGGAAAGUAUAGUUGAAGCAACUGAGGGGCACAGUGUUGUAGUCUGUGAGCAUAAUGUUCUUGUUCCGUGCAGACUUGCCUCUGUUGCAUCAGGUGCAGCUUCAGGAAAACUCUUGGAGUACGAGGUAGGAGGCCCGAGGGUCUCUGUUCAAACUGCAUAUGGCGUGGAAGUUGAGGUGGAAAACAAUCCAUAUGAUCCCAGUCUGAUGGUUUUCAUGGAUUACAGAGACUACACUAAGCAAGAUCCUUCAUCACUGGAAGCUCAAUACCCAACAUUCCUGUACGUGAUGCCCAUGACCUCCACGAGAGUCUUCUUUGAGGAAACAUGUUUAGCAUCAAAAGAUGCCAUGCCGUUUGACUUGCUAAAAAGAAAGCUCAUGUCGAGACUAGAGACCAUGGGAAUCCGAAUUUUGAGAACUUACGAAGAGGAAUGGUCGUAUAUUCCAGUUGGCGGUUCCUUACCAAACACGGAGCAAAAGAACCUUGCAUUUGGUGCUGCUGCUAGCAUGGUACAUCCAGCAACAGGCUAUUCAGUAGUGAGAUCAUUGUCAGAGGCACCCAGCUAUGCUUCAGUCAUUUCAAACAUACUAAAGCAGGACCAGUAUAAUGGCAACCUUGGUCUGAGAAGAAGUAAUGCAAACAUCUCGAUGCAAGCUUGGGAUUCUCUGUGGCCUUUGGAAAGGAAACGUCAAAGGGCAUUCUUCCUCUUCGGAUUAGCGCUUAUAUUGCAGCUGGACAUUGAAGGCAUCAGGACCUUCUUUCGUGCUUUCUUUCGCGUGCCUAGAUGGAUGUGGCAGGGAUUUCUUGGUUCGAAUCUAUCGUCAGUGGAUCUCAUGCUGUUCUCCUUUUAUAUGUUUGUUAUUGCACCAAACGAAAUGAGGAUGUCCCUUGUCAGGCAUCUGCUCUCCGAUCCAACUGGAGCGAUCAUGAUAAGAACAUAUCUCAACAUAUAAGCUCUCUCUCUCUCUCUCUCUAGCUGAUGUUUACACUUCUCCUGCUCUUGCGUUUCUUCUGGUUCCCCCCACCCUCUCUAGAGCUAUAUCUUAUGUAGAGAUUUCAAGUUUGUAUAGUUAAUAGGACUGACUAUGUGGUGGCACCCAGCCAAAAUGAUGUUUCAGUUUUAUAACUGAAGACUGAAUUAAUGUGAAUAUAUAAUGUCGUAAGUUUGUCAUUGUAACAUGAGAAAAUGUUUUUUUUCUUCUUUUUCUUCUGUGGGAUGAGAAUUGUAACGUUUCAAUUUAACAUUUUCCGAUCAAAAUAUUAUUCAUUAUGCG